AUGGCGGCGGCGGUGGGGCGGGACACUCUACCUGAGCACUGGUCCUACGGCGUGUGCAGGGACGGCCGCGUCUUCUUCAUCGACGACCUGACCCGCACCACCACUUGGCUGCAUCCGCGCUCCGGCGAGCCCGUCAACUCCGGCCACAUGAUCCGCUCAGACCUGCCCCGCGGAUGGGAGGAGGGCUUCUCGGAGGAGGGCGCCAGCUACUUCAUCGACCAUAAUCAGCAGACCACAUCAUUUAGACAUCCUGUGACAGGACAGGUUUCUCCAGAAAAUAUUGAAUUUAUUUUGCGAGAAGAGCAGAAUUCAUCUAUGUCCAAGCAACAAAUAAACCAAAGGCCUUCAAGCAUGGUCAGUGAAACGUCCACUGCAGUAACUACAUCUGCUGUUGAUUCCAAACCUGGCUCUAAGGUUGUGAAGACUGGACACAAAGUUCACAGCUUUGGAAAGAGGGAUCAGGCGAUCAGGAGGAAUCCCAAUGUUCCUGUGGUGGUCAGAGGCUGGCUGCACAAACAGGACAGCUCUGGGAUGCGAUUAUGGAAGAGAAGAUGGUUUGUGCUCGCUGAUUAUUGUUUGUUUUACUACAAAGACAGCAGAGAAGAGUCUGUUCUUGGGAGCAUCCCACUGCCUAGCUAUGUCAUCUCUCCAGUUGGACCUGAAGACAAGAUCAAUCGAAAGUUUUCUUUUAAGGCUGUUCACACAGGCAUGCGGGCCUAUAUUUACCAGAAGAAUUGUGUGGUUGGCUCGCAGGCGGAGCACUCGGGGAUGCGCACGUAUUUCUUCAGCGCCGACACGCAGGAGGACAUGAACGCCUGGCUCCGGGCCAUGAACCAGGCUGCUCUCCUGCAGACACGCUCCUCACUCCAGAGGGAAACGGAAAGAGUGGAUCAGCAAGCUGUUCCCCAGGUCAAUCAUGUGGAUGCCUGCAAAGACUGUGUGAAGGCAGAGAUUACAGACACAAAGGAGAGUUAUCAGAAAUCAGCCGAAAUGCUUGGACACGAUAAGCGUGAAGAGAUAAGAAGAGAAAAGGAGGAGGAGCAGCGUUACGUGCACAGAAAAGAAACUCUGGAAACCAAAAAGGGAAAGGCUAAGCACGCGUUAACAGAAGCUGAUUCAUUAUUUCCAGAUUUAACGAAUUCAUCUCGGUCCCAGGCAGCCGAGAAGAAUGGGACCCUUCCGAGUUCAUUAAGUGCCAGUGCUGGCCUGCUGCAGCAGAACGGGACUGGCUCCUAUAAAAGAGGGUUUGUUCCCAGGACGAAUCCAGAUAAGCAGUUCCAAAGGAAAAGUAACAUGGCUCAAGUGGAGCACUGGGUAAAAGUCCAGAAAGGAGACACAAAAAGCCUCGCUUCUGAUCAGACUCUUACACGUCAGGGUCCCAAUCCUCCUUUUCCUGAAAACUACCACACUUUGCCAAAGAAUUCCAGGCAGCCUUCAGGGAGCUCACCCCCACCAAACCGCAAUUUGCCCAGCGACUACAAAUACGCACAGGAUCGCGUCAGCCACUUGAAGAUGUCCCAGGAGGAAAGGAAAGCAAAUAAGGAUGGAACUGUUUGGCAGCUCUAUGAGUGGCAGCAGAGACAGCAGUUCAAACAUGGCAGCCCCACAGCCCCACUUUAUGUAGGUUCUUCAGACUUUAUUGAUCGUGCCAAGUCAAAAAGUUCAUUAGAUGUUCCACGGUCGAUAUCUGUUCCGCCCUCUCCGUCUGAUAUCCCCCCUCCUGGACCUCCAAAAAACUUCCUGCCACGGAGACCACACACUCCUGCAGAAAGGCUGACAGUGAAACCAUCAGAUGAGAGGCAGACUGUGGAUGUUCCUUUGGCUGGGUCCCCCAGGAAGAUACGGAAUCGUGCUGUAAAGGGCUCCACUCACCUGGACCGUCGCUCCAUGCCUGCCAUGGGCUACAUGACACACACGGUGAGCGCGCCCAGCCUGCACGGCAAGUCGGCGGAUGACACUUACAUCCAGUUGAAAAAGGAUCUGGAGUAUUUGGAUCUAAAGGUGACAGGACGUGACACGUUGAAAGAAAGGAGUACAAAACCUGUCAAGAUUGCAGAAAGUGAUAUUGAUGUGAAACUAAGCGUUUUCUGUGAGCAGGACAGAAUUCUGCAGGACUUGGAGGACAAAAUAAGAGCCCUUAAGGAAAAUAAAGAUCAGCUGGAGUCUGUUUUGGAGGUUUUACACAGGCAGAUGGAUCAGUACAAAGACCAACCACAACAUGCAGAAAAAAUAUCUUACCAGCAGAGACUUUUGCAAGAGGACCUUAUUCAUAUUCGGGCUGAAAUAUCCAAAGUUUCAACGGAAAUGGAAAAUGCCUGGAAUGAGUAUCUGAAGUUAGAAAAGGACGUGAGCCAACUGAAAAAAGCCUUACAGGAGCAGAUGAACAGUUCAUUGGUAUCUCAGGAGAAAACACAAAUACAGAAAGACUUGUGGAGAAUUGAAGAUGUUACAGCUGGCUUGAGUGCAAAUAAAGCAAACUACAAAACCAUAGUAGACUCUAUAAAGAAUCCAGAGAGGAAAACAGUGCCUUCGUUUUCUCAGCCUUCAGUGCCUUCCUUAGCAGCGUCCCUGGCUGGUGUGGAGAGCAAUCGCUCGUUCGUGCAGAGCCCCCCGGGCAGCCCGGUGAAAUCCCCUCUGGAGCUCAGGCUGUAUCCUCAGCCCUACUUCCACACCAGGACACAGCACCAAGCACAGCAGCUGAAAAAAAUCGAGCCACCCCUUCAGUCACCGGUCAAGCUCAAGCCAAAGGUUGAAGAUGAAGCACCGCCCAGACCUCCUCUUCCUCAGCUGUACAGCCCUGAGGAUCAGCCCCCAGCUGUGCCCCCCCUGCCCAGAGAAGCCACUGUCAUCAGACACACCUCGGUGCGGGGUCUCAAACGCCAGUCGGACGAGAGAAAGAGAGACAGGGAGCUGGGCCAGUGUGUGAAUGGAGACUACAGGGUGGAGCUGCGUUCAUACAUGAGUGAGCCAGAGCUGGCAAUGCUGGGGGGCGACCCCAGCCACCCUUUAAUUAGCCCUGACAGUGGAUACCAGACUUUGCCUACCCGUGGUUUGUCUGGAUCAACUUCCAGACUGCACCAGUCUUCUACCAUUUCAUCCUUUGCAACACUUCGAAGGGAUAGGUCCAAGGAGAGACCAAAGAGUGCCUUGGAACGUUUAUACUCUGGAGAGCACCAAAGAGGCAAGAUGAGUGCAGAGGAGCAGCUGGAAAGAAUGAAGAGACAUCAGAAGGCGCUGGUGCGGGAGCGCAAGAGGACCCUUAGCCAGGGAGAGAGGCAGCCUGUCUCAUCUCGCCCUUUCAUCAGGCCCGUGUCUGCAGACCUCGGCUCAUGGAAACGAGAGCAAGAAUUUGAUUUGCAGUUACUUGAGAGGGCAAUUCGUGGAGAAGACAAGGAUGAAAAUGAAUGGUUAAAAGUUCAGCCAGUAGCAGUGACAGAGACAGACCUGGAGCCUCAAGACUAUGAUUUAGAUAUCAGCAGAGAGUUGUCAAAACCCGAGAAGGUUGUAAUUCCAGAACGUUAUGUUGAGCUGGAGCCAGAGGAGCCUCUUUCUACAGAAGAGCUGGCAGCAAGGCAGCGUAAGGCAGAAAAGAUAAAGAAUAUUCUGACUAAAUCAAGUAUGCACAAUCUGCAGCCUGCUGUUGCCCAGGACAAACACAACUCGAUUGAUUUAGAUUCCCAGCUGCAGGAGCAGGAACGCAUCAUUACCAUUUCAUAUGCUCUGGCUUCUGAAGCCUCUCAGAGGAGCAAGGAGGUAGCAGCCAAAGCAGUGAGUGAGCACUGACGUGGGACUCGAGGCAAAAGCAGCUUUGGGACGCUGCAGAGGAGAUUUUUCUCCAGCUUUCUGUGGAGAUCCUCGCUGGCUGAUGGCCCCUCCUUCUGGAAAGACAUUCAGAGAAUGAUAGGGGGAUUUUCUAUGAAAAAUGAAGAGAACUGCAGAUUUUUUUUUUUUUAUUUACUUCAGUUUAGUUCACAGUUUUUAUACGAAUAAACGGCACUUUUAAUAAGCUCUGUAAAAUACUGACAAUGUAUUUUUAGAACAAUGUAUUCUAGAUUUUUUUUUAAAAAAUCAAGGGCUGAAUUCAUUUAAAAAAGACACUUCUUGCAUAGAUACUAAAGGAUGCUGUUACUUCCCCCUCAGGCUCAGAUGCACAUUGUAAAAUUUUGUGAAAAAAACCCCCAAAUUUGAACAAACCUAGAAGCACAUUCGUGGGGUAUGGAUAGAGCUAACACGGGUGACAGGCUUGGUGAAAGGGUGUUUCAGAUUGAAUAUUUUUGUAGUGUUAAUCACCCACCCUUUUGCCCACUAAAUAAUCCAUUGCGAGAGCUGUUAGCUUGAAUUUCUACCUAUUAGUGUAUAGCUGAAAUUUCCCAAGAAAGCCAUAACAAAAGCCAGUUUUAAUUCCCAUUUUUUCUGAUCCCAGAUGAUUAACUUGCUGGUAUCAAUCCACAGUUUCUUAGGUUGCCCUUGACAGUAGUGCUGCCCCCUCUAUA